GAUAAAUAAAAAUCUUUAUAGUAUUGAACAGGAUUUUAAACAACAGAUGAACAUGGGAAGCACGACCUUCUUCUCAACGGUCAAUGAGCUGUCCCUGUCCACCUCUUCCGAUAACUAACUGUCAAUAACUAAAAUUACACGUUCUUUCCAGUUUCCCUCUUCUCUCCUCCAAACAAAUUUUAGCAUCAAUCAUACAAAAACUUGAAAAAAAAAAAAAAGAUCAAUUCUUCCUCUUCUCCUUCCCUUUCUCCAUCAUUCUUCAUGUCUCUUCCUUCCUUCUGCAAUCCCAUACAGAUUCUCUGUUUGAUACACACAAAGGCACUGUCACCAUCCUCCCAUGGAUGAUUUUGCAGCAAAUGAACCAGCUGAUCCUAUGGAGGAGGAGCCUGCUCCUGAACUAAGCCUCUCUCAGGUUCUGGAUGAUGUUGAUCGGUUUCUUGAGACGUUGUCGGAGACAAAAUAUAAUUUUAAUCCACCGGAGGUUCCAAACUCUGUUGAAUCGUUUUUGACAAUUGUUGAAAAGAAUUUGGCUAAGUGUGAUUCCAAAAACCAAGAAAAAGACUUGUCAUUCUAUGAAUGUUUAAUCCGUAUUUCCAGAUUGACAAGUUUAUUCAGCGGAUUCAAAACUCAUCCAUUAAUAGCCACUCCUCUCAAUAGAUCAAGCAGUGCUUUGCAUCAUUCGAUGUCAUUGUUGGACAGUGAAUUUCGAACAAUUCUUGAGAGUGGCAUUCACAAUCAAAACCAAAACAAUUCUUCAGAUCCCAAGACCCCAAAGGCUUCAAAACAGCCACCUUUCGGUACCCAUCAACACGAAAACUCCGAUCGAGGAGGCGUUCAAGAAGAAGAGUUCCCUGCUUAUUCCCUAGUAUCAAUCUCCAAAAUGAAUAGAAUUGCCACUGCGAUGAUCUCAUUGGGUUACGAGAAAGAAUGCUGCAUGGCUUAUAACAUGAUAAGAAAUGAUGUAUUCAACCACGAAUUGGAUAAGCUUGGACUCACCCAUACAAGCAUUGAAGAUGUGCAGAGGAUGCAGUGGGAAAAUCUGGAAGGAGAAAUCACUGCAUGGAUUGACAUCCUCAGCCGUUGUUACUCGGUUCUCUUCUCUCGAGAGAUGAAGCUUUGCAACUCUAUCUUUUCAGAAUAUCCAUCAGUGUCCAAAAGAUUAUUCAGCGAUGUUGCUUUUGCAGUAACCACAAGGUUUCUCAAUUUCGCAGAAGCUGUUGCCUUGACGAAACAAUCUGCUGAGAAACUAUUCAAGUUCUUGGACAUGUACGAGACCUUGACAGAAAUGAUUCCUGUCAUUGAUACUACUAAUCAUCCCAGGGACUUAAAAGGGGACAUCUGCGCUGCCAAAAGCUUGCUCGGAGAAGCAGCCGUGAGCAUUUUCAGUGACCUUGAGUAUUCCAUUAGAAGAGACCAUACGAGAACUCCAGUUCCAAGUGGUGCAGUUCACCCCUUGACUCGCUACACCAUGAAUUAUCUAAAAUACGCCUGUGAGUAUAAGGAUACGUUGGAACAAGUCUUCCUUGACCACCAGAAAAUGGAGGAGGGAAAUGCCGGCGCCGGAAAGUGCAACCAGCCUGAUGGAGAGAUCACAGAAGACGCAAAUGAAGAUGGCAAGCCAAAAACGUCUCCUUUUUCAAUGCAGCUGAACAUUAUAAUAGAUUUGCUUGAUGAAAAUCUUGAAAUGAAAUCUAAAUUCUACAGAGACCCAGCGUUGCGCUACGUGUUCUUGAUGAACAAUGGAAGAUAUAUUCUUCAAAAGAUCAAAGGAUCCACAGAGACUAACCACACAAUUGGAGCAAAUUGGUGUAAAAAGCGAACAACCGAUCUGAGACAAUACCAUAAGGGAUAUACAAGAGAGUCAUGGAGCAUAUUAUUGCAGUGUCUGAGCCAUGCAGGGUUGCUGGUACAUGGGAAGGUGGUGAAGCAUGUAUUGAAGGAGAGAUUCAAGAUGUUCAACUCCAUGCUUGAUGAGAUACACAAGACGCAGAGCACAUGGAUAGUGACCGAUAAGCAGCUACAGUCUGAGCUACGGGUUUCGAUAUCGGCGGUGGUUAUCCCGGCUUACCGAUCAUUUCUGGGGCGGUUCCAGCAGUGUUUGUCGGGGGGUAGGCAAACGGAGAAGUAUGUAAAGUACCAACCGGAAGAUAUUGAGAAAUUGAUUGAUGAAUUGUUUGAUGGAAUACCCAUAAUCAAUCGCGAGGAGAUCAUAAUUAGUAUAAACACAAAAUGGAAGAAAAGAAAGAGAAUCAAUAGAUUGGCCUUUUUUUAUUGAUCUGUUCAUUCAAUUUGUUAUG